AUGGCUGGAAUAUUUUCUCUAUUAACUAUGCUUUCUUUGGCUUCCCUUCUGACUGAAGCCUCUGUCCAUAUCCUUGCAUUAUACGUAUUCGAGGACGCAAUAGUUGAUGGAGGAAACACGCAGCCAACUCCACCAUAUGCCAUUGAUCUUAACACAACAAUACCCAUUCACUGGACCAAUGGAAAAACUAUUGCUAAUUUCAUUGUGAGCUUCCUGGGAUUGUCAUUUGUUCCAGCUUACACAAACACUUCAAGAGUGGAAAUAUCCAAAACCAAUGUAAACUAUGGACAUGUUGGUUGUGAUCAGAUCGGCCAAUAUAAUUUAACUGUGGCAAAUGAUCUUACAAAAGCAUUCAACGAACAAGAACUUGUCCAGCAUUUGACAAGUUUUGUUUUUCUUGUUUCAUUUGGCAUAAAUGACUACUCCUUCAACUAUCUAUCCUCUAGGGUUGUGAACAAAAUGGCACCCCAAGAAUUUGCAAAAAUACUUCUGAAUGAAAUGUUGACAGAUGGUAUUGGGAUUGUUAUAAUUGUAGCACUCGCUGGUGGUAUUGUUCUUCCCGACAACAAAGAAUGA